UCUCUCUCUCUCUCUCUCUCUCCCUCCGAUUACUGAUUCUUCGAUCGACGGAAGGCUAUUGAUUCUCGCCGGCGAACUACCGCUCUUUCGAAAAUGGCUGCUACUUGUUCAGCGGACGGUGGUGGAUGAUAGCUUUAUUAUGGUAAGAAUCGUUUCGAUAUGGUAUUGCUAGAUCGUUUUCACAUUCCAUCGGGAAUCUAGUUUCGCAGGAAGGUUAAAAACUCUCGUUGAAACCUAUUGUAUAAGGCGUGAUUUCAAUUAUGUUGUAUGUUUUCGUUUCAGUAAUACGAUGAUGAGAUCAAUCGCUAUUUUACGAUUCUAGAUUUACGAGCUUAGGUUUACGUGUCUGUUCAUUAAUCGGUGAAAGGAAUUAGAGAGAGGUUUUUGUGUUUUUUGUACAGUUUUUGAUUAAUGUAUAGUUGUAGCAUAGACCUUUGAAUAGUAGAGUUUUGUUUAAGGAUCAUUUAAAGUGGGGGAAAUGAAUUUGAGUACCGUCGAGGAAGAAUCUUCGGAUCAAAAUGUUCAUACACCGACCGAAAUCGAUUGGCAUAUGCUCGAUAAAUCGAAGUUUUUCUUCCUCGGCGCCGGGCUUUUCUCAUGUGUAUCGGCCACACUUUACCCUGUCGUCGUAUUGAAAACCAGACAGCAAGUUUCAUCCUCUCAUUUGUCAUCUCUUAGGACUGCGUUUUCCAUUCUUAGGUAUGAAGGUCUCCGAGGCCUUUACAGAGGCUUCGGAACUUCAUUGAUCGGAACAAUUCCAGCUCGAGCGCUGUACAUGACAGCAUUGGAGGUUACAAAGAGUAAUGUCGGCUCGACUACUGUUAGGUUAGGGUUUCCAGAGCCUACUGCAUCUGCCAUUGCCAACGCCAUGGCUGGACUAAGCGCUGCAUUGGCAGCACAGCUUGUUUGGACGCCUGUUGAUGUGGUGAGCCAAAGGCUUAUGGUCCAAGGAAAUGACUACAGCAAUUCGAAAAUCUCGAGUUCAUUGAAAUCCUGUAAGUAUAUGAACGGGAUUGAUGCUUUUCGGAAAAUUCUUAACACGGAUGGGCCAAGAGGUCUUUACAGAGGUUUUGGUAUAUCGAUAAUGACAUAUGCACCAUCAAAUGCAGUUUGGUGGGCCUCAUACUCUGUAACUCAAAGACUUGUUUGGGAUGGAAUUGGAUCAUAUAUGUGUAAGAAAGACGAUGAGAACAAUGAGAAUGGUGGUGUGGUUGCUCUUAGACCUGAUUCGAGAACUGUAAUGGCCGUUCAAGGUGUUAGUGCAGCCAUGGCAGGGGGUGUUUCAGCUUUAGUUACAAUGCCUUUGGAUACGAUCAAGACAAGAUUACAGGUUCUUGAUUGCAGCGACGACAACAACAACAAUAAUGGGAGAAAAGGGCCAACUGUUGGUCAAACUGUGAGGAAUUUAGUGAAGGAGGGUGGAUGGAUGGCUUUCUAUAGGGGAUUAGGUCCGCGGUGGGCUUCCAUGUCUCUAUCUGCGACCACCAUGAUCACAACUUACGAGCUUCUCAAGCGACUCUCGACUAAGAAUCAAGAAAACUUGAUACGAUGAACACUGGUUGGCAUUGGAAAGAAGGGACACUGGAGAAGAAAACCAAGGGAUUAUAACAUCCAUUGAGGGAUUGCUUCUGUUUUUAUUCAUGGCAAUUAUUAGAUUACAUUAUCCAUGAGCAGAUGUUGAUGGGUGGAAGAAAAUUAGGGACAAUUUUGUAACUUUCUUGGAAUUUUUGUACCCUAACAACUAGUUUGGUGGGAGUACCUACU